GCAAGGAGAAGUCUGGAGAUAAAUGUGAGAAGGGAGGGACAGGCAGUAGAAACAAAAGUGAAACUGUUUGAGCAGCAUAUUCCACAAGACUUCAGGUCUUCCUGAGUGUAGCCUUCAUAUGAUUUGACAUCUCCCAUACCAUUCUCUCACUAGAAGGGAAAACCUAUAAUGGCAGCAGGCCAUAAAAGAGAUCCAGUUUGGGAAUAAGAACCAUUCAAGAAACACAUGUUUGUUGAUGAUGUUUUAAAGAAAGUCAUACCAGUGAACGGGUGGAAGUCACUUUAGCACUUGGAUUCAGAGACUGUUGAAGUGAUAAUCUCACUUUAAACAGCAGUAGCUUCUUCUGCUGGUGUAGAAAGAAUAUUUUCUUCCUUUAUACUAAUUCAUUCCAAGUUGAGAAAUUGUUUGGGACCGGAAAAAGCAGGAAAACUUGUUUUUCUUUUCCAGAUUAUGAACAAACAGGAAAAUGAAGAUUUCCGAGGUUCCUGUUGCAUGCAAAUCGUGCCCUUGUGGCUACAUAUUUAUUAGUCGAAAGCUCUUGCAUGCCAGACGUGCUGAGAAAUCACCACCCACUGCAGAAAACAAGAGUGAGGCCAAAAGGAGACGAACAGAGAGAGUUAAGCGAGAGAAGAUAAAUUCUGCAGUAAAUAAAGACUUAGAAAACAGAAAAAGGUCCAGAUCUAACAGCCAUUCAGAUCAUAGCAGACGGGGACGAGGAAGACCUAAGAGUGCCUCAGCCAAAAAGCAUGAGGAAGAAAGAGCUUCUCCUGGGCUGGGAGUGUUUCACCAGGUAAAUUUUCUUCUCUGCCAUCUAUUUGGUUUAUCCACCAGCGUGGAGAGGGCAGAAUCUUCUGAGCCAGGUCUUGUGCUACUGCAGCUGAUCAUUAGGAUGCAGAGAAACCACAUGUUCUGUGGUCAAUCGACCAUUCGAGUUAACUCAUUAACAAGUGUACUGCUGUGGCUGCUGUUGUUGUUCUGGCCAGCGUCAUAGCAGAAGAUUGUGUCAAUGAAAUGAAUACCUAAUAAGGAACACGGUAGUUUAAGUGAGAGCCUGAUAAAAUCUAUUAUACAACA